AUGGCGCUGAACAUACAUUCAUUUCGUUUCAAAAUAUGUGAGCGACUCGUGGUUAUCAAGUUCAGUUGGGAGUCCCCGAUUAAUCUAUUUAUUUAUAAAACAGUGUAAUGUGCAAGCUGCAAGAGACAGCAAGAGAAUAAAAAAUGCAUAUCAUGUAAGAUUAUGGAUGUUACGUUAUAACCUAUUAGCAUUUUUAUAACCUCAGAUAACUCACGUGAAUGUCCAAUUUGACGCUUUUAUCUUACUUGGCAAUUUUAACAAAUAUUUACUUUCAUCAUGCAGAAGAGAAAGGAACGCGAAGAUUUUAUGUCUAUUACGGCACCUGCAUUAAUGCCAAGGCUUACGUUGCCAUCUAUUAUUAUCCCAUCUCAGUUACAUAGUGCAUUAAAAAGUAUAUAUUGUCCAAAAUGGGGCUCUAUUUCUUCUUCAAAUCUACAUAACAAUUAUAAAAAGUGCAUUAAAAGUUUGUCUAAUGUACGAACAAUAAUUCAGCGGGAUUAUUUAACCAUAUUGAAAAUAUGCUUAUAUCUAAUACAAUUUGAAGAAGAUCUCGAACUAAAACGGUUUAGAUUGUUAAACCAUACAGUUAAGACGUCUGAUUUAGAAAAUUGUUUUAUUAUCAGCUUGAAAUCUUUGAAUGGUGAUCUUCAUGUAAUUAAACCAGACUGUGAAGUAGAUCUCAGAGAUAAUACAAAAAAAGUAAUUUUUGCAAAAAUCGUGAAAGUGGUAGGAAAUGAUGUAACAAUAAAGCCCUAUUAUCCUGAAAAUCCAAAUACAUUGAAAAUGAAGGGGAAAAGAUUUAAUAUAGAGUUUGUGGACCGACAUUGGUCAUUGAGAUGCUGUCAUUAUGCAUUAAAAAUAGUUAGCAAAUGCAAUUGGAUUGAGAUUGUAUAUCCACGAUUGAGGACAAAUUGCACAGAUAUGGAAAUCGAUAUUGAAUGGAUAAAUGCUGAUUUGAAGGAAAAUGAACCACAGAAGCAAGCAGUGAGGAAGAUACUGAAUAAGACAGCAUACCCUGCACCUUAUAUAAUUUUUGGUCCCCCUGGUACUGGAAAAACAGUGACAUUAGUUGAAACUAUAUGUCAGAUUGUGAGACACUUUCCGACGAAAAAUAUAUUGGUGUGCACAUCAUCUAAUGCAGCAGCUGAUGAAAUCACGAAAAGAUUGAUAAAAUAUAUUCCAACAAAUUUGAUAUAUCGAAUGUAUGCUCCAUCUAGAGAAUGGUCGACUGUGAAGAAUGAAAUUCAACCAUGUGCGAAUUUUGUUCAAGAAUCUACUCUCUUUUUGUCAAAAGAGUUACUGUUACGGAAAAAAAUUAUUAUUACAACAUUAGUAUCAUCUGUAAGAUUGAUUGAUGUAAAUUUUCGGGAAAAUCAUUUUUCUUACAUAAUUAUUGAUGAGGCGAGUCAAGCGGUUGAACCAGAGAUGUUGAUUCCUCUCGCGAUAACAAAUAAAGAAUCUGAUGAGAAGACUAGAUUUCAUGCACAAAUUGUUAUCGCAGGUGAUCCUUAUCAAUUGGGACCCGUUGUUUGUUGCAAAAGGAUUGAGCAUCUUUUCGGAAGAUCCAUGUUAGAAAGAUUAAUGGACGAUUGUGAUCCGUAUAAAAAGCAGGAUGGAAAAUAUAAUCCGAACUAUAUAACGAAAUUAGUUCAAAAUUUCCGUAGUCACGAAAAUAUUUUACACGUGUCCAAUAAACAAUUUUAUUGUGGUGACUUAAAGAUCUGUGGAGGAGCCGAUAUACGAAUGGCGUUGAACUGGUCACAAUUGCCUAAUAAAAAGUUUCCUAUGAUAUUCCAAGAAGUUUUAGGCACAGAAACAAGAUCUGUAAACCGAAGUGUCUGCAACACCGCCGAAGUACUGGCGGUACUAAUGUAUGUGAGUAUCCUGAUUAAGGCGAAAUUUGGAAAACACGUGAUAACACCAAAGGAUAUCGGGAUCGUAACGCCUUUUAAACAACAGCAACUAGACAUUACUCAUCAUCUAGAAGCUAUGAAGUUAAAAGGCAUAACUGUGGGAACAGUUGAAACGUUUCAGGGACAAGAACGAAAUGUGAUGAUAUUAUCCACGGUACGAUCUAAAGCCUUCGAACACAAUGGUAAAGAACACAUUGGUUUCUUAUCCAAUCCAAAGAGAUUUAAUGUUGCUUUAACACGUGCAAAAGCACUUAUGAUAAUAAUAGGAAAUCCAAAUAUACUCUGCAGAAAUGAACAUUGGGAAGUACUUUGGAAGUACUGCGAAAAACAUAACGCAAAUAUUCCCUUUGAACAGUUGCCAGGGCUCAAGGAUCGCAAGAGUUCGUCCUUCCAGGCGAUCAAGAAGUACAUCGUGUCGACCUACAAGGUAGACGGCGAGAAGGUCGCGCCGUUCAUCAAGCAUUACCUGAAGACCGCCGUGUCCGCCGGUGCCGUCGUGCAGACCAAGCGCAAGGGCGCCACCGGCUCGUUCAAGCUGUCGACCGACAAGCCGAAGGACAAAGCCAAGGGGAAGGCGCAACGCGCCUCGCUGGUUCACUCGGACACGUGGAAAGCGGGAACCAAGAAGGACGGGCGGGAGAAGACCGCGAUUGCGCGGAAACCGGCGGCCGCUGUGAAGAAAACGACCGCCAAAAAGGCCCUGGAAAGCCCGAAGAAGGCAACUCCCAAGACCGCCGCCGCCAAAACCGCCGUGAAGAAGGGCAAAGCUGCUGCGGAGCCCAAGUCACCAUCGAAGGCUAAGAAAGCCGUCAAGGCACCAGCGGCGAAGACCAAAACGCCCAAGCCGAAGAAAGCCACAGCGAAGGCCGUGAAGGCCGCGGCGAAAAAAUAAUUGGCGUGCGAAGAAUAUACUCGCUACAAUCAUAACAAAAUAACCUUUGUCAGAUUUGUUCACCGAGCCAUUCUUCUUGUCCUUAAUUUCCAGGAGUUCAGGUACUUUUCCUCUUCCUUUCGUGAAUCGACUGAAUUAUUGAAUUCCAGAGACUUCCAAUCCUCCGAAAAGUACGACACUCCGGGCGGACCGACGUGCUGGAUCUUGGUUUUGAUCCUCGCUAAACGCGAAAACCGCGUCCGAGAUCUCUAUAAUCUUAUUUAUUUAUUGAACUAUAUCUGUUUUAUCCUUUAUGUAAAAUUCUUCUUUAAGCUAUCUUCUAGUCAUCGUUAUGUAUACGUUUCUAGCAUGUAUUAUCACUCAACAACUUUAUAUCAUGAAUUUUAUUGUUACAAUAUUUUACAGCAUAUAAAGGAAAAAAGAUUUUUGCUGUCGCUUCUUCGCAACAUGUGAAGAAUCACAUUCGAAUAUACAUUGUCAGACUUAUAACAAAAUUAUUGUUUGCUGUGAU